CAUGAUCCCGGUUCGGUUUAUGGCCCCAGUCUCUUUAACUGAGUCAAAUUUCAGGGUGUCCAUAGAAAAAACAAUUCGGUUCAUAAAAUCAGGAACGGAGAAGAGGAGUUAGGGCAAAUCGCCUGAUGGAAGAAUUUGAGAAGAAGUUAACAAUUAGAGACGACGGCGACGGGGACGGCGACGGCGACGCAGUAAUGGAAGCAGAAGAAGAAGAAGCUAAGAAGGUGUCCACCGUUGAAUUGCUUCGCGAAUUCCUUGGAAUUCAGCAGCGCAGAGCAGAAGCAUACACCAAGCUCAGAACGGGGUUCGCCCACUAUAUGGAGUCUUCAUCAUCUUCCUCUGCCGAGUCCGCCUAUCAAAAGCUUUGCGGCGACGUCACCCAGGAAUUCAACGAUUGCUCUAGGCAAGUCCUUCACAUGGAAUCGCUUUUUCUGGGUCCUGAUUAUGGCAGACUUGAUUUGGCCCAUCUCCUCAGAGCUGUUCAGACGCAUGAGAAGCAGAAAUUGAACCUGACGGCGACACUUCAGUUGUUGAAGAAGGCUGGUAGACCCUCGGAGCGUCUAGUGAGUCAUGAAAAUUGCAGAUUUGAGAAACCAAUGGAGCAUCAGUGUGUGCAUCUCCAUGAGAUAACAGAAGCGGCUGGAACUGAAGAAGCAGAAGCCAACGCCCAGUAUGAUAAUGAUCUCAAGGAAGCCAUUCGAGGGGUGCAGGAUUCUGUCACUGCUAUAAAUGAACAUUUGGAAGAAGUCAGAUAUGAAAUUGCUGCCCUUGAAUCUGACUGAUUGUUUUUAUAUCUCUCAUGAGGCAUUACUGAUUUUGUGACUCCCGGGUUGUUGUCGUGCAUCGGGAAAAGAAAAUCUGAGUAGCCUCUUGUGUUCCAAGAGUAGGCUGUCUUUAGUCUUUGCACUGAUGCCGAUGAACCAUGUGGUUUCAUGUUUGCAAAAAACAAGUCUCUUUAAAGGUAGUGCUUAAGGAGAUUUCUCCUGGGAAACAUCACAGGAAAUCUAUCUAGUUAUUCCUUUCACAAAUUUUUUGCUCGGUUUCCUGCUUAGCAAACUCUUUUCCUCUUUGGAAAUGGUGACUAUUCAAGGAGUGCUAUACUUGGUGUUUGGAAACAUAGAUUUAAAAAUCAAGGGUAUAAUAUGAAAAUUGUUCAGUUUCAAAGCAUUUUGUUUAAUAUAUAUGUCCAUUGCUCA